AUGAGGUCGCUCCUUCCAGAGCGACCGUUUCGACGCCUGAACCGACGACAAUACCUCUCCACCAACUCAAGCAUUCCAUCCGCGUCGACUUUGCACCUGAACAGCUGGUCUAGCACUGAACAUGUCGACACUAUAGCAGCACAUUCGGCAAGUACAGAGCUUGGAAGAUAUAUACUCUCUGCGAAUUCCAAUGAUGUGGUUAUGUUCGCUCGUGUCGAAAACGUCAUCGCUGGUGUAUACGUCGGGUCUCAAGUCGAUCGAAGCAGCGCGUCAGAGAUCAUGAGCAAGUUCAGUGAUCAAGUCUCUAGACAAUCUCCAAGCUCCAGUGUGUCCGCUCAGACCUGCGGGGUGUCCAAUGGUACCACAAGCUCUCAAUACUUUGGUGUCAUCUAUGAUACGGCUGUCAAUUUCGCAACAGUUCAAGAGGCACUCAAGAAAUGGGAUCGUGCACAGUGCCUACAGAGUGAACAAUCUCGCAUCUGGGAUGGCGUGGGUUUGAAAAUGAACUCUGGCACACAGGUCCGCAUCUCUCCCAAGGCCGAUACCGAGGUCCAAGCGGGUGACGGCUGCUACAAUGUGGCUCAACGCUGUGGAAUCACACAGCAAGCUCUUCAAUCGUAUAACGGAGGGAGCAGUUUCUGUUCCAGUCUGAAAGUGGGACAGUACGCCUGCUGUUCAUCGGGUACCCUACCGGAUAUGACUCCUCAACAGAACCCGGACGGCAGCUGUCGUGCAUACACGGUUGUCGCUAAUGACUAUUGUGCAGCUAUUGCAGAAGCGCAUCAAAUGACAGUGCAGGACAUUGUCUCCCGCAAUCGUCAGACUUGGGGUUGGGAGGGCUGUGCUACUCUCUAUAUCGGCAUGAAAAUUUGUUUGAGUUCUGGCGUACCUCCGUUCCCUGCUAACGUCCCGAACGCUAUUUGCGGUCCGCAAGCCAACGGUACUCAGCCAAACUCCGACAUCAGCACUUGGGCCAAUCUUAACCAAUGCCCGCUGAAUGCAUGUUGCGAUGUCUUCGGUCAGUGCGGCAUCACCACCGAAUUUUGCACCGCAGCUCCAGCUGAUACCGGAAAUCCUGGUACCAGACAGCCAGGUGCCAAUGGAUGUAUCUCAAAUUGCGGAACCAACAUCAUCACUAGCUCCAGCCCGGCCCGAUUUGAGCGCAUCGGCUAUUACGAAGCAUUCAACAUUGAUCGGCCCUGUGGGCACGUAUCAGUAGGUGCAAUACCAGAUCGAUACACCACGGUUCACUGGGCAUUUGCAAGCAUUAGCACCAAUUACCAGCCGUCAAUCAGCCCCUAUGAAUCUGCCUGGGCAGCUUUCAAGGAACAAACGCGAUUCAAGAAGAUUGUGUCUUUCGGAGGAUGGACGUUCUCCACAGCACCAAGCAGCUAUAAUAUUCUCAGAUCUGGGGUUAUGCCGGCCAAUCGUCAGUCGUUUGCGCGCAAAAUUGCAAACUUCGUGCAAAUUGAAGGCCUGGAUGGUGUCGACAUUGACUGGGAGAGGCCUGGAGUUUUCGAACUGACCACUUCCAGACAAUGGGACUAUGGCAACGCAUUCACAAAUCCGGCUUGCCCCACAGGCAACUGUCUCCGAUCUCAAGUUAACUUCACCGAAACCGUCUCUGCCCUUUCCAUGCUUACAAAAGCAGGCGUACCUGGAAACAAAAUCAUGCUAGGACAACCAUUGUACGGACGAAGUUUCGAAAUGACCCAAGCCGGCUGCUACACUGAGGAAUGUACCUUCACUGGUCGCUCGAGUGGAGCAAGUGCUGGAAAGUGCACAGGAACGCCUGGUUAUCUCUCUAAUAAUGAGAUUUACGACAUCAUCAACGGCGGCCGGUACAAAGUCCAACAAUACUCUACCCCGAUCGCUGGCGAUAUCUUAGUGUACAAUGACACGCAGUGGGUUUCUUGGAUGUCAGGCAGCACCUACGACGGUCGCAGCAGUUUUGCGCAAGCUAUCGGCCUGGGAGGAACUUCCGAUUGGGCUAUCGAUCUCAACGUCACAGACACUGCCAGUGAUACUGGAAGUGGCAGUACCGGUACGAGCUCUGGAAGUGGAAUCGUGUCUCUUGACCCUGCUCUCUACCAGAAUCCGAGUCCCAUUGUGAGUUGUCAGGCGCCCUGCACUCUAGUUCUACCGCCCUGGACACUGCCGUACACCACUACAAUCACACCUACACCAAUCACAACGACAGUCACACAAGUCUGGCCGUCAAUAUCAACAAUGAGUGGAAUGGUGACGACGACUGUCUACAUAUCUGCAGUCAAAGAGACUACCAUAACACUGCCGCCCGUGACGACGAAAGAGAUUCCUCUCUAUAAUGUUGUAUGGACAAACACCGCCGACUCCAUCAUUCCUUUACGAAGCAGCUUGAUCCUACCUCCUGCCACUCUCAGACAAGACUCCACCGUCGUCACAGCGAGUGGGACUUCGACAACGCUUCGUGGCAUCUAUUACACCUUGAACUUCGGGCCUUAUCCACCACCACCAACUCAGACAGCGGGACAGACGACAACUACCCUGCUGCCUCUACCAGUCCCGACCGGGUGCCCGUUGUGCGCGCCGAGAAUCACCGUCCGUCCAGGUCCUCCACCGCCACAAUGCGUUGUUGGUUGUGGACAACGAUGUCUUAUAAACUGCAGCCCUGUAGUACUUCCAGGGAUCUCGGGUAACAUUCCUUCUUUCGGCUGCAUUGGUGUCGGCUGUUCCGGCGGCGGUGGUUGCAUUGGUGCUGGCUGCGGCGGAGGCGGCGGUAGCAAAGGCGGAGGCGGCUGUGCUGGUCCGAACUGUGGUGGUGGUGGUGGUACCGGUGGCGGAGAAGGUGAGCCUGACGAACAGUCAUCAUGCAGCUCCAGUUCGACAGUCACAAACUGCUCGGUCGACUGCGACGUCGGUCCCGACUCUGGCGGCCACAUGACUACCUCGUGUUAUAGCACGACAUGCUCGGAGCACGUUGGCUGUCGCGCGACCGGCACGACGACCACCUCAGAGACGACCACAGCCUGUCCCUUGAUACCGGAAUUCACUCCGUACGCAGGCGAUCAAGUGCGCAUGAUGGGCGACGGCGGGAUGGCAGGUACGAUCCUUGCGAUGGGCUAUAUUGGCCCAAAUCGGCCUGUUUCUGCCACUCCAACAUCAUCAUCUUGCCAGCCGACCGGCACGCCCGGUUCGAGCGUCUUCUACCUCUUUCACGAGAGCUACCGUAGCUGCUCUGGCUCUCAGUGCGGCGAUUCCGAAGUCGAAGUCGGCAUUGUUCCCGGCGAUAAAUGGAACUGCAACGACCUCGCGGCGGUGGACUUUGGCAAUACUGAUCUCAGCAGCUAUCCAUAUGCGCCCGGCUCCGCCGAAUUUCGAUACAUGCCCGACACUUUUGUGCUGCAGGACACUCAACAUGUGUGCGGCACUAAUGCGUUGACCUUCAAGGCGCAAUGCGAUGGCUCAUAUCACGUCACGAGUCAGAACCAGGGUGGAACCGCCGUGUGCUUCUCCAAUUCCGAUCUUCCAGCGCCCAUCUCGGGCUGCGUUGCUAAUAACAAGCGAGCCAGUUUCACGGCUGACUGGCGCUGUAUCGGUACGAUCUGCUGA